UUUCGCUGAUCUGUCACCUGUCUUUUUUAAAGUUGUCAAAUACAACAACACGUGAAAAAUCGUUUAAAAAACGAAUAAACCCCACAGUUGACACAAAAUGCGUAUUGAAACUUGCUAUUUCUGCUCCUCGCGGAUAUAUCCAGGCCACGGCAUCCAAUUUGUCCGCAAUGACUGCAAGAUUUUCAAAUUUUGUCGCUCAAAAUGCCAUGCAGCGUUCAAAAAGAAGAAGAACCCACGUAAAGUUAAGUGGACGAAAGCGUAUAGAAAGACAGUGGGUAAGGAAUUGGCCAUUGAUCCCUCGUUUGAGUUCGAGAAGAGGCGACAUACCCCCUUGAAAUAUGACAGGCAGACGUGGACCAAGGCCAUUGAGGCGAUGAAAAAGGUCGAACACAUCAAGCAGAAGCGACAAGGGACGUACAUAAUGCAGAGGUUGCGGAAAGGACGAGAACUGGAGCAAGAAAGGGACGUAAAGGAAGUGCAAAGGGACUUGUCUCUGAUUAAAUCACCCGCUGCUGGACUUAAAGAACGGAAACAGAAGGAAGCCGAAGAAAUGCAUGACAGUGAAGAGGAAAUGGAAGGAGUUGUGGAAAACUGUGGCGAAGUUACUUUGUAAUUAAAUAAAUAGAUUGGUUUACAACGAA